AUCAUUCACAGUGGGCAUGGCCACUGCAGCCCCUCCCUGCCUGUAAGGAACAGGUCCUAAAGAAACAGGAAGUAUGUGGCAUAAAGCCACUAGGUUAAAUACUGUGGAUGUGUGUACAGCAGAGCCACUGUCACAUAGCUAGAUAAGGGACCAAGACAAUAGAGCAAGAUUAGAAAAACAACAUACUGGGGAACAGAGGUCAGCUUAACCUUACUUAAUGUGGAGCAAGCUGCUUGUCUAUGGGCCAGCCUGAAACAUGGUCAUGCACAUGGAAAUAUCAACAGCCCCAUAUGAUACUAAUGGGGUCUUGAAAGAAGCUUGGGAGUUUGUAAGGGAAGGUAAGAAAGCAAUUAGCUAGCCAGGCAGUGGUGGCGCACGGCUUUAAUCCCAGUAUUUGGGAGGCAGAGACAGACGGAUUUUUGAGUUCAAGGCCAGCCUGGUCUACAGAGUAAGUUCCAGGACAACUGGGGCUACACAGAGAAACCCUGUCUCGAAAAACCAAGGGGGGUGGAGGGGAAGGAAAUAAAUCAAUUAGCCUCAUACUGAUGGUUCGGAUACAUUUAUUUAUGGUUCCUGUGUCUGCUUCAGGAGUCCGGAGGUAAUGGACACCAAGAAAACAAUCUGCCCAACUAGGCAAAAAUCAUCCUAGCCAAGACCUAGCCAGUUCUGCUUCAGGGCUGGCUCUCACACUCUUAAGACCCCAUGUUCUGCACAAGCCAAGAGUCCAGUGACAAACCUGGUGACCAGCAAUCACAAGUGGGGGAGAGGGUUGUCCUGGCUCUGAGACAGGAUAUCAGAUACUGGCUGGGAAGGAAACAGUGGGGUUGGGAGGGGAGGAUACAGUUUGAUUCAUCAAAGGCAUCCAGAGGUUUCCCUGGCUGACUCCUCCAAGGGGCUGCAGACAAUCAGUGCACUGUCAGCAGGGGCUGCAGCAUGAAGCAAGAGCACUUCCACACUGAGACCCUGGGGUCCAAGCCUGUUGAGGUAAGUGUCUCUACCACCCCCAAGACAAGAACCCAAGGAUGCCAAAGAAGGAGACAGGAAUGUCACCACGUACAAUUCUCAGCCCUUUCCCUGAGCAAGUCGGCUCCCAAGUCUCUAAGUCAGAAGCCACACAUCCAGUACUGUGCCCUCAGGUGAAGACUAAACCCUGCCAUAGGGGCUGGAGAGCAGCAGGUCUGCUGUUGCUGCUGACACUGCUCACUGCAGGGGCUAUGGCUGGAGGGCUUCUUGGUUUCAUGUACAGCCCUCCCAAGCCGUUGCUGCAGAUGCUCCGAAAGACCUUCCCAAGCUCCAGGGUACCCUGGCCCAACCAAACCACUCUAGUGGACCUGGCUCAGAACAUGGCGACCAUUGUGGUGACUCCAUUUCAAAGCAACCACAGCUGGGCCGUGCUGUUCGACGGGCAAAGUGGCUACAUCUGUUACCGCCCUGCAGAGCACCAGGCCUGCUUCCUCCGUCUGAUGGGAGCCCAAGAUUGGAAGACCCUGCAGCUGCUGCUGAACACUUCCAGGGUCCAAGAGUCACAUGUGCCUGGCCAGGACACCCACUAUGCCCAGGAACUGCUGGCAGUUUUGGGAAGCCAUACUGUGGACCCUACCCAAGUGGGAGCUUCAGUGCAACACCUUUGUGCAGACACGCCCAUCUACUGGGCCCGCUGGGCAGAGGGGCCCCAGAGACAGCGGCUGAUCUACCUCUGCAUUGACAUCUGCUUUCCGAGCAACAUCUGUGUGUCUGUCUGCUUUUAUUACCUCCCAGACUAAGACCCCUACCAAGCCCUCCCGGCCUUUGGUCCCACAGGUCAGCAAGCUGGCCAGGUCACCAGUACCUAUGGAAGGCAGCUGACAGUAAGGAUAAAUAAACCCAGAUUGCCUGG